AUGAUGAACUCCACACAGCUUUCAUAUUUUACACUUGCUGCCUAUUUUGACACCGGAGCUUUAAAAUAUUUCUAUUUCAUGGUUAUUUUCUUAUUGUAUAUUUUCAUUGUUAGUGCCAAUGUGUUUCUCAUUGUGGUUAUCUGCAUGAACAGAAGCUUACAUGAACCUAUGUACCUUUUCCUGUGCAGCCUGUUUGUAAAUGAACUGUAUGGUAGUACAGGGUUGUUUCCAUUCCUUCUGCUUCAGGUCCUCUCUGACAUUCACACUGUUUCUAAAGCUUUUUGCUUCCUGCAGCUUUUUUGUGCACACUCUUAUGGAGCUGUUGAAUAUUUGAACUUAGCCAUCAUGUCUUAUGACAGGUAUCUUGCUAUCUGUUAUCCUCUGCAAUAUAACACACGUAUGACAUCUAAAAAGAUUGGCACACUUAUUGCUGUAACAUGGAUAUUCCCUUGUUUUGCAAUGGUUGUUUCAUUAUGUUUGACUACUUCUCUGCAGCUCUGUGGGAACAUAAUUGAUAAAGUUUUCUGUGCUACUCACUCUGUUGUAAAGCUGGCGUGCUCUGACACCAGUGGAAUUAAUAUAUAUGGACUUAUUGCAUCUUUUGGCACAAUCUUUGUAGCAUUAACUGUAAUUCUUUACACUUACUUGCACAUUCUUAGAGUUUGUUUCUCUGGUAGUAAACAGACCAGACAGAAAGCUGUCAGUACCUGCACACCUCACCUCGCCUCUCUGCUUAACUUCUCUGUUGGUGCAAGCUUUGAAUUACUGCAGAGCAGGUUUGAUAUGAGCAGACUACCAAAUAUACUUAGAAUAUUUUUAUCAUUAUAUUUUCUUACAUGCCCACCGCUGUUCAACCCUGUAAUGUACGGCCUGAAAAUGUCCAAAAUAAGGACUUUAAGUAAAAGUCUUCUAUCAAAUGUUGGCUAUUAA